CUGCAGGCUCCGCCCCGGUGUGGGUGACGCUCCGGGUCCAGUGGAGGAGGACAUAGCGAGGUGGCCGACCGGGCGGGGAGCACGGAGCGGGGCCCGGGGAUGUCGGUGAACAUGGAGGAGCUGCGGCACCAGGUGAUGAUUAAUCAGUUCGUGCUCGCGGCUGGGUGUGCGGCGGAUCAGGCCAAGCAGCUCCUGCAGGCGGCGCACUGGCAGUUCGAGACGGCACUCAGCACUUUUUUUCAAGAAUCAAAUGUCCCCAGUGCUCAGCAUCAUCCACAUAUGAUGUGCACCCCAAGUAACACACCAGCCACACCGCCCAACUUCCCUGAUGCACUGGCUAUGUUCUCCAAGUUGCGAACCUCAGAGAGUCUGCAGAACAGCGGCAGCCCAGCUGCGUCCAAUGCCUGCUCCCCUCCUGGCAACUUUAACCCUUACUGGGCUUCCUCACCUCCUGGCCAGCAGCCAGUGUGGCUUCCUCCAGCCUCUCCCACCACACAUCUCCAUCAUCACCACCAUCAUCCACAACCAGCAUGGCCCCCCAACACCCAGCCUGCUGGGGGGCCCCAAAAAGCCAUGACUGCCAUGGAUGGGCAGAGAUAAGACUGGGCAUGAGUGCAGUAGGGGAGGCUGUCACAAACGGUGCCCUUUCUCUCUUUGCCUCUCUCACCUUAGUUUUAUUUGUUUUUUUUUUUAACCUUUUCUUUCUCCGGUGGGGGAAGGAUGUGGCAACCUUGUCCUCCCCCCAUUUAUAUAUAUAUAUAUAUAUUUUUAUUUUUUUUCCCCUCCUUUUUAAUAUAUAAGUAUAAUAUAUAAAAAUAUGAAUUUUAUGAGAGGUGCUGGAAGAUGGAAAGAGGAGAAGAAGACACUGUUGUGCUUUGACGCUUGCAGAAUUAGAAGAUGCAACCUAUUUAGGAUCUUGUAUGGAAUUAAAAAAGGAAACCCUUUUUAAUAUAUGGGAAGAGGCUUUACGGUAUUAUCCCUCUUGUUCCUCAAAAUAUCUGACCCCAGUAUUUAUUUUAAACCCGAUUUUUCUUGGUGGGAAUGAUGGAAUUCAUCGUACGUUCAGCGAAAGCAUUCCUUCAUUUGAUAUUCAAUAGCGAGUGGGUGGGGGAGGGAUGACGGACGAUCUGCGCAGAAGACUUGGACUCUGGAACCUGCAACCAGGAAUGGAGACUGGUAUCUGUAAAACUAUAUGUGAAUGUCUGAAAUAUAUAUUAUAUGUAUAGAAAAAUGGAGCUUGAGGCUUUCUUUGAUCUUCAACAGAGACCAGUGAUAGCAGCCGCAUCUGCAAAAACAACAAAACAGACUUCUCGCAAAAAAAAAGUUUAAUCAACCCUCAACUUUUCCAGCUACUUUCAAACAAUUCAUCAUAGCACUUUUGGAAUAAAUUGGCAUAUAGGGACAUCUAGAAGAGAUGGUAAUUAUGUAACUUCACCAGAGCAAGGACUGCAGUGGCUCCAGAACUUGGAAAUUAUGCAAGUAAUUACAGUAGUUUCCUUGUUGACACAAUGGUUGUUUCUGCCCGGUUGAAAAAUCAAUUAUAGGCUGCGUUUGUGUUGAAAAGACCACAAUUUUGGCAGUAAUCAUAACAUAGGCUACCUACUCUAGUGGUAUCUGACUGACUGAUCAUUUGGGGCGGAAAACACCCUCCAUGUUUAACAUUGCUUUCUGGCAGCAAAAGGGGGAUAAUAUGCGCUUCACUUACAGCAAUAAAGUUUAACUCCUUAGAUCUUCUCCACCAUUUUAAGUGUCCCCAGUCACUUGUAUGACAAUCCAUGUUUUGUGUAGUGUAGAGCUAUACUCCAGGUGACUCCAUUUUGUAAUGUCAGUGUGUCCAUUUGCAGCCACCAGGAGCUGAUUUUGUAAAUAAAUAUUAGAGAAUGUAAUGUCAAAAAGGCUUCGGCUUAAUUGAAA